UAUGUGGUUUAAUCUUGUUCAAUCUGAACAGGGUAGUCAAACUGAGAUUGUAUUUAUCUGAUUGAUAUUUGUCUUUAGUGAAGAGGUAGUGUUUGCUUGAAAGUUGAGCUGAGGAAGAGAGAAGAGGUAGUGAUGGGUAAGGAACAAGGCUAUAAACCUCCGGAAGAUUUUGAAGAAAAUGGUAAAGACCCACUGGUUGAUUUCGACGUGAACGAUUCUACUGAGCUUUGGCUCAUUCAGUGGCCUAAAAAUCAAAAUCCAGAUUAUGAUGGUAAAGAGCUGACACUCAAGCUUCAAGGGGAUGGAAAGUUGAGCACUUUUGAAGGCGCAUCUGGGAAAGAGUAUGACCUGGUCAGUUCUGCAAUUCAAGAGUCAAAUGCAACAGUUUUUGUAUCUUCUUCCUCAGGCACCAAAAUUGCUGGGAAGAUUUCACGGCGAGUUUCUCUGGUGCAUUACCCCGAGCCUAGUGAGCUUAAGGAACGUCAAGAGCUUCAAAUGGCAAAAUCCCGAAAAAAGAGUCAGAUAUCGUCCUCAAUGGCAUUCACACAUUCUUCCCAGAAAACUCCUUCACGCAGUACAAGAACUACAACUACUGCAACUCCUACUCAAAGUACAUUUCAGAGAGACUCAUCACAUCUUCGGAAAAAAAGGCAUGCUUCCCCAGGUGGAAGUCAUAGUGGCGUUACUUCAUCAGGACAAGGUCGUAGCACAACUACUUCUUCAGGAGAAAGGUCAUCAAAGAAACACAAGGAAAAACAUAAGAGCUGAGAGAAUUGACAUUUCUUCGGUUUUCCUCGCAUUGCAUAACAUGAAGUAAUCAGUAAUCAGUCCUCUAUUUUGCCUCUAAGGUUUCGCUAGUCACUUCAAGCAGUAUUACAAAGUUCCCUAAUUUUGACCGGCGAAGCUAUGGACGCAAGGAGAAAUCACCACAUCCCUUUGUUUAUCAUACUAUCCGAUUUCCUUGCGUAGGUUCCUUUUUUUUUUUUUCUGUUUUGGUGAAAGCAAUUGAUCCAGUGGUUAGUUCGCAUGUAGAAGGUGUGAAACUGUUGUGAUGCUCAUAGCAUUAUUGCUUUCUUAUAUUCAGGGAUCAGUUGGUGAUUUUGGUUUUUCUUGUUUAACAUAUUACUGGUUCAGCCUCUA